AUGGCUAUGGUAUUGGAUCUUCUAACCCUGACGCUGUCUAUGAGAUCGACAAUAUACGAGCUGGAUAACGCGUCACUUUCAAAUGACGUCACAGUCGCAAAGUUAGACUGGUCGAAGUGCGCCAUUCUGUAUGCUGACUUCAACACGUCAGCCGUGAGAUUCACCACGGGCAUACCACAUAAGUGUGAAUCUUUGGACUUAGAGUGGACAAUCAAUCCGAUGUACGAACCUGUCUUUUUGUACGCGAGGAAAAGGCGGAGUUCGUAUCACUUUCGUGCCAACGGAGGGAUUUGUAUCGGGAAAGAUGACUCCUACAAAACGACGCUUCCUGUACUUCUGGAACCUUGCGUUAGCAUCAUUUUCGAGCUCAUUUCGCAUGUUGACGAUGCAUUGACGUUAAAUAUUAAGGCGACAGGCGAUGACCUAGUUAUGCGUUUCAUGUGUAGAGAACAACUGGACACACUGGUCAUAAGGAGUAAGGUUUAUGGUGAUUUCAAAAAAUCAAACUCAAUGGAGGGGUGCCCAUUUGUUUACAAUUUGUCACAGACUCUGGUGUUUGAAAUACAGACAGGCAAGGGCAUAAAGAUUUCGCUGGACGGCCGCGUACUGAAAACGUACGACAGCGCCCUCGACCCUCGCGUUGCGAGGAGUUUGAACAUCCAUGUAAGCGGCCCAGAAGAUUUCAUCACACUGAACCGCAUCGAGUUCAUAAAAAUGUAACAUUGAUGCUCUGGACCUCUGGUAUCAGACCUACAAGUCAACCACAAUUAUUAUCAGUCGUCUACAACAUUGCAUGCUGUUUGUGUUACGAUGGAAUUAUAUUGGAUUAACAUCGGGAAAGUUCGGAAAUUCUUAUAAACAUUCGUAUGGAAAAGCGAAAUUAUUUUCGAUUAUAUUUUCUUAUAUAUUUUUUUUGAUCAGAUGACGCAUGUUCUGUCCUUACAGUGCGGAGUAUUUGUAUUUGUUACGGUACCCAGAACUAUUUCGUGUUCUUCGUCUUUUCAAAUCGCACGUGAACUAACAAAAUGCUUUUUUAUUUAAAGCUUAUGUAAUAAAUAUUUAAAUUAACAUAUAUUUGUAUUGACGAUUGUCGGAGCACCUCCUGUUGGAAACUCCCGAAAUCGAUUCACAAUCGUUAUCGUAGUUCGAUGUCUACAUUUCUUGAGUACUUUGUGGUUUUUGGAUUUGUUAUGUAUGUUGUGUACUCGGUCGUUUUGGGGGAAACGUUGAUUUUUUGUUGAAGAUAUAAAUAUCAAUAUCCCUGAAAAUUUGUGAAUUUUAAGCUGAUGUUGAUUUCUAUGUCAUGCCAUACUUUAUACACUUAACUCGAAUGUGAAUACAUCUUUUAACGUAUUGCUUUCGAACAAACUUGAUGAAAUAAACUUGGAUCCCUUAAAAUAUAAAUUAUGUGAUUUGAUGAGAAAUUGUGAUUUUAAAAACAAUUAUUAUUUAAGAUACGUUGAA